AUGACCGCCACCGAGUCCCUCGCCGCGAACGACACUGGAGCCAAUGUGAGCCUAUGCCAAACAGUCGACCUCCAAGCACGUCGAGGAGGAGGCAGCUCCGACUUCAACCGUGACCUUCAUAGGAGAAAACCAACCUUCAUCCCUCAAUCCCCACCUCCACAACUGCUCCGGCCAUGGGCAGCACCACCGACUGCCCUCCACGUGCAGCCGGAGAGGCCCAGCAGCACCUCCCAACGCGAGGACGACCACCGCGCCCCAGACACAGCGCUGCCGCCGCGCCCAACCUCCGCCGCACAACCCGUUGCGCCGCCCAUCGUGGCCCAGAUCGGGCCCGGAUGGCCCGCUCCGCCCGCCGCCGCUAUCAGCAGCGCCCCGACCCCGCACGGCCACCACGCGCCGACCGCAGCCAGCCGCGCCUGCCGCCCGUCGCCGCCGCGUCCGCCGUCCGCCGCCGCGCCCGCGGCCGCUGCCCCGGCGUCCACCCAUGCAGCCGCUGAACCCCGCCGUCGCCUCCGCCAACCGAGCCGCGCCGUCCGGAUGUACAGCCACCACCGCCAUGAAACCCGGGGCCGCCGCCCCGCGCCCGCACGCCUGCCACCAGGAACGUGCCGCCACGCCGCCCACGCGGCCGCAACGGCCGACCGCAGCACGGCCAAGCUCCACCCACCCGAGGCCGCCGCCCCGGCUUCCGGUCUCUCCCGCGCCAGCCGCGGACAGAGGAUCCCCCGCCCGCCUUUGGGGACAGGGCCCGCCGCCACCGCGGCGAGGGCCGGCGGCAGCGGCGGCGCGGGUCAACGCCGGUGGAGGAGCGGACGGGCGGCGCUGGGUCGCCCCCGAGACGCCCAGUCGAGCGCCGCGGGAGCCGAUCCCGGCCUGUUCAGAAAUCAAUUCAUCAUUCGCCGAAGAUGGAACGAAGUCCCCUCACCCAAUCAGAUUUUGAAAUAUACGCUCAGAUCUGAAGGUCUGUAUCGAAUUCUUCUGUAG